CCUCUUAAGCAGCUGUUUGCACAUUUUGAAUUUGUCAUCCAGAAGAUUUAAACAUGUGGGCAGAGGAUGAUUUGUAUCCAGGGGUGCCGUGUCUCCAAAGCUACUCGGUGCCUGUGGAUGAUAUAAAAUACCUAAUGUAUCAUGGCACCUCUCGAUAUGCUGCCCAGCAGAUCAUGGCCCUUGGCUUUCAGCCAUCUGCAAAUGGCAUGCUUGGACGUGGCGUCUACCUCAGCCGAGAUCUCAACAAGGCCAGCAGAUACCCUCUUAAUCUGCCUGAACAUGAAAGAGUUGUGAUUAGAGUGCAGGUCAAUGUUGGGAGAGUGAAGAAGAUUGACUAUCAAGGUCACCCAAUGCAGAAAACCUGGCAUGCUCAUGGGUACGACACUGCCUGGUGCCCUCCAGGCUGCGGCAUGGUACCGAGCGGCCUGGAGGAAGACUGUGUUUGGGAUCCACGCCGGAUUCAGAUUCUUGAUAUCAUUUACCCAAAACUGCAGCAUGGCUUCUCACAUAUGCAGUAUGGCUAUUAUGUGAAAAAUAUGUGGGGUGGAAAUGGUUCGACUUUCCUCCAAGGCAACACAAAUCCAGUAUCAGGUCAAGUCUACACAAUGUACCAUGGCACAUCCAUGGAGGCUGCAAAGAAAAUUAGAAAAGAGGGUUUUUGUCAGUCUGCUGGUGGCAUGCUUGGACGUGGUGUUUACCUCAGCCGAGAUCUAGAGAAGGCCCGUAGGUAUCCUCUAAAUCUGCAAGCAUACCAGAGAGUGGUUCUAAAAGUCAGGGUCAGUGUUGGGAAAGUGAAGAAGAUUGACUGUCAAGGUCAUCCACUCCAGAACACCUGGCAUGAUCACGGGUAUGACACUGCUUGGUGCCCUCCAAAAUGUGGCAUGGUGCCGAGCGGCCUCGAAGAGGACUGUGUUUGGGAUCCACAGCGGAUUCAGGUCAUUGAAAUGCUCUACCCAUUUUUAGAGGUUAUUUUACCCUGUCUGUUCUUUUUGUUACUGGUUCUAAUCGAAAUACUAACAAAUGAAACAAUCAGCUUUAGAAGUGACAUUAGAGGUGCAAACAUGUGGGCUGAAGAUGACUUGGGUCCAGGUGCUCCACCAUGUCUUGACAGUUACAGAGAACUAGUAGAUGAUAGAGUCUACACAAUGUAUCAUGGCACAUCCAGGAAGGCUGCUGAAAAAAUUAAACGGGAGGGUUUUCGUCCGUCUUCUGAUGGCAUGUUUGGACGUGGCAUCUACCUCAGCCGAGAUCUAAAGAAGGUGUCCAGAUACCCUCUGGAUUUACCUGAGAACCAGAGAGUGAUUGUGAGAGUGAAGGUCAAUGUUGGGAGAGUGAUAAAGAUUGAUUAUCAAGGUCAUCCACUACAGAAAAUCUGGCAUGAUCACGGGUACGACACUGCUUGGUGUCCUCCAAACUGUGGUAUGGUUCAAAGUGGUCUUGAAGGAAACUGUGUUUGGGAUUCAAGACGAAUUACAGUCAUUGAUGUAAUUCAUCCAAACAUGUGGGCUGAAGACAACUUGGCUCCAGGUGCUCCACCAUGUCUUGACAGUUACAGAGAACUAGUAGAUGAUAGAGUCUACACAAUGUAUCAUGGCACAUCCAGGAAGGCUGCUGAAAAAAUUAAACGGGAGGGUUUUCAUCCGUCUUCUGAUGGCAUGUUUGGACGUGGUGUCUACCUCAGCCGAGAUCUACAGAAGGCGUCCAGAUACCCUCUGGAUUUACCUGAGAACCAGAGAGUGAUUGUGAGAGUGAAGGUCAAUGUUGGGAGAGUGAUAAAGAUUGAUUAUCAAGGUCAUCCACUACAGAAAAUCUGGUAUGAUCGCGGGUAUGACACUGCUUGGUGUCCUCCAAACUGUGGUAUGGUGCCAAGUGGUCUUGAAGAAAACUGUGUUUGGGAUUCAAGACGAAUUACAGUCAUUGAUGUAAUUCAUCCAAACAUGCGGGCUGAAGACAACUUGAGUGCAGGUGCUCCACCAUGUCUUGAGAGUUAUAGAGAACCAGCUGAUGGUAAAGUCUACAGAAUGUAUCAUGGCACAUCCAGGAAGACUGCUGCCAAAAUUGAAUGGCAGGGUUUCCGUCUGUCUUCUCAAGGCAUGCUUGGACGUGGCGUCUACCUCAGCCGAGAUCUACAGAAGGCCUCUAGAUACCCUCUGAAUCUACCUGAAAACUAGAGAGUGGUUCUGAGAGUGAAGGUCAAUGUUGGGAGAGUGAAGAAGAUUGAUUGUCAAGAUCAUCCACUGCAGAAAACCUGGAAUGAUUAUGGGUAUGACACUGCCUGGUGUCCUCCAAACUGUGGCAUGGUGCGAAGUGGUCUUGAAGAAGACUGUGUUUGGGAUCCAAAACGAAUCAGUCAUUGGUUAAAUUUUCCCAAAGCAAUGAGAGUUAAUAAAGUCUGCUUUAGGAAUGCUGUAAUGAAGUACACUUAAGAAAUUAGUUGUUCUGAAAUGUUUCAUGAAAAUUUUACCAGCUGUUUAAUACAAAUUGCAUGUGCUUUGAUUGUAGUACACCCUGAACUUAAAGCUGGCUAUAAAUAAACCUAAAAUGGUUCACGCAUAUACCUUUGAGAUAUGUUUUUUUUAUAUGUAUAGGCCUAUAUUUGAUAUUUAAAUAUGAAUAAGACUGUAACAUAUAUAAUAUAUAUUAUAAACCUAAGCUAAUGAUGUUUAUCAUCUUAUUUGGUUAUUAGGAAAAGUUUUGGGAUAACUCUAUGUACAAAAACCAACAUAAACCUGGCCUAUAUCUUCUUGAACA